AUGAGCACUCAAACCCAAACCCAAACAGAACCAGAAACAGAAGCAAUCAUCCUACAAACUCGAACCUCACAGAGCCAAACCUCAACUCCAACCCCACCCCAAGACCAACCCCCAAAAUGGCUAUACCCUAAAAUCCUCAGCGCAGGCCUCUCCUUCUUCGUCGCCGGCGUCAACGACGGUAGUCUAGGCUCCCUAAUCCCCUACAUAAUCCGCAGCUACAACAUCAACACCAACACAAUCGCCAUACUAUACGGCACAACAUUCAGCGGAUGGUUCAUAGCCGCACUAACCAACAGCACGAUCUGCCAACAUCUCGAUUUCGGCUCAAUCCUGUGCAUCGGUGCAGCCUUGCAAGUCCUCGCUCACACCUUGCGAUCUUGGUUCGCGCCUUUCCCGCUUUACGCGGUGACGUUUUUCCUUGCGUCGCUUGGUCAGGCUUAUAAUGAUACGCAUGCAAAUACAUUUGUUUCGGAAUUACGGGGUGCUGCGCAUCGGUGGUUGGGGUUCAUUCAUGCUAUGUAUAUGGCUGGUUGUCUUGUUGGGCCGUUUGUUGCGACGGGGGUGGCGUCGGCGAAUGCUCAGUCUAGGUGGAAUUUGUUUUAUAUUUUCCCUUUGGGACUGGGGGUUGUUAAUUUCGCUUUGGUGGGAUUGUCGUUUUAUGACCGUGUUGCUGUCUUGUCUAGGAAGAAAAAGGUCGUCCAGGGGGGAGCGAGAGUCAACGGGCAAAGCAGCUGCCAAGGAAAUCAAGGAGACACUAUCUACGCCUGGAGUCUGGCUGUUGAGUCUAUUCUUCUUUUCUUUCUCGGUGCCGCCAUCACGGCUGGUGGGUGGAUGGUCGAGUACCUGGUCAACGUGCGAAAUGGAGACGUCAAGAAUAUGGGCUAUGUGCCCGCGGGCUUUUAUGGCGGAGCCUUUUUGGGCCGACUGGUUCUCGCUGAACCGACUCAUCGACUAGGGGAGAGAAGAAUGAUCUUCAUCUAUGCGGUUCUUUGCGUUGGCUUGCAAUUGGUAUUCUGGCUGGUUCCAAAUAUCAUCACUGAAGCUGUGGCUGUUAGUCUGCUGGGUUUCUUCUCUGGCCCAUUCUUUGCAACGGGUAUCUUCGUCGGAUCCAAAAUCUUCAGGCCGGAGAUCCGCUCCUCGGCAAUAGCCUUCGUCUUUGUCCUCGGUCAGAUUGGUGGCUCGAUCUUCCCCGCCAUCACUGGUAUCAUCGCGGCUCGGGUGGGUGUGAAGGUAUUACAGCCUAUUCUGGUCGGCUUACUCGGUGCUGCUGGUGCAAGUUGGCUGCUACUACCCAAGAACGCGGAGGUUCAUCGCGAGUGA